AUGGCUUCCAUUAUGGACGCCUCAACGGCUCCCGAAAAGGAUUGCAAAGCAUAUGAUCCCACACAUAUUGAAGGACAACAGACUGCGAUAUAUGUUCAACUCGUCCUUUCACUAACUCUCGGAGUUUCUGCAUUCUUUGGAUUCUGUGUCCUGCGACCAAAGUGGAAAAGUUUAUAUGCCGCCCGCAAAAGGCAUGUCGAUGCCGCCGCAAGUCUGCCAGAGCUGCCGGAUACCUUCUUUGGUUGGAUGCCUGUUUUGUAUAGAGUUACAGAAGAACAAGUCCUCGCAUCUGCUGGAUUGGAUGCAUAUGUCUUCCUAUCCUUUUUCAAGAUGUCGAUGAAACUAUUCGGGAUCAUGUUCAUCAUGGCAGUUGCUAUUCUUGCCCCAAUCAACCAACACUUUUAUUACGUAUUCGACCCGUUCGGAAAUUCGACGAGCCCUCCGGAUAUUCCUGAUUACUCGCGGUUAGAGGGUUGGCAUGGUGGAUGGAAUGAUGCCUUAACUUUGGAGGAGUCAAAAGACUCCGACGACGUACUACCUGAGACCAGCUAUCUUUGGUCAUACCUAGUGUUUACUUAUGUCUUUACCGGACUUGCAAUAUAUUUUAUGAACAAGCAAACCCACCGCGUAAUAAAGAUCCGCCAGGACUACCUUGGAAGCCAAUCCACAAUUACCGAUCGAACAAUAAAACUGUCUGGAAUUCCAAAGGAGCUAAGGUCGGAAGAAAAGAUCACCGAAUUCUUGGAGAAACUCGAAAUAGGAAAGGUGGAGAGUGUGACUUUAUGUCGCAAUUGGAGAAAACUCGAUGAUAUGAUGGACAAGAGAGUGCAGGUUGUUAGGCGGCUGGAAGAGGCAUGGACGGUACACCUAGGCCAGCAAGAACGUUCAAGUAUAUGGCCAAUACGGGCACAGCAGUCAACACCGGGUGAUGAUGCAGAGGAUGAGUCGCAAGAUAAUGAGGGUGAUAAUUUACUAGGGACCAACCACUUCACCUCGUAUGACAAACCAAGACCGACCACACGGAUCUGGUACGGUUUUCUCAAUUUCCAAAGUAGGAAAGUAGACGCGAUCGACCACUACGAAGAACAGCUACGACAGCUAGAUGAAAUGAUCACAGAUGCAAGAAAGAAGGAGUACGAACCUACGGCGCUUGCAUUUGUCACUAUGGACUCAAUCCCUGCUUGCCAGAUGGCUGUGCAAGCUUUACUCGAUCCGACCCCGAUGCAGUUGAUGGCACGACCAGCUCCGGCACCAUCCGAUAUUGUUUGGACAAAUACGUAUCUGCCUCGAUCAAAUCGCAUGAUUCGUUCAUGGGCGAUCACUCUCUUCAUUCUCAUACUCACCAUCUUUUGGCUCAUUCCAGUGGCUGCUCUGGCAGGUCUCGUUAGUCUUUGUUCAAUUCGACAAGUUUGGCCUGGGCUAGCAGAUGUAUUGGAAAGUCACGAUAUCCUUAAGGCUUUGGUUCAGACUGGGUUGCCUACGCUUAUUGUCUCAUUACUCAAUUUGGCAAUUCCAUUCUUGUAUGACUACCUUGCGAAUAUGCAAGGAUCAAUCUCUCAAGGCGACGUAGAGCUUUCCGUCAUAUCGAAAAACUUUUAUUUCACAUUCUUCAACGUAUUCCUGGUUUUUACGGUCUUUGGCGCGGCGAGCAAAUUCUGGCCAGUCUUACAGGAGACAUUGAAGGAUACCACGAAGAUUGCAUAUACUCUAGCCCAAUCGAUUUCCGAUCUCUCCAUGUUUUACACGAAUUUCAUCCUCCUACAGGCCCUCGGACUUUUACCUUUCAGGUUGUUGGAAUUUGGAAGUGUUUCCCUGUAUCCUAUCACAUUAAUGGGUGCCAAGACUCCUAGAGACUAUGCCGAGCUAGUACAACCGCCGAUUUUUAGUUACGGAUUUUAUCUUCCUUCAGCACUUCUCGUCUACAUUCUAUGUAUUGUCUAUAGCAUACAACCAGCAGGAUACCUCGUCCUCUUAUUUGGGAUGACAUAUUUUGCUUUGGGCUAUUACACCUACAAAUACCAGCUUUUGUAUGCUAUGGAUCAUCCACAGCAUGCUACUGGAGGUGCUUGGCCUAUGAUUGUAUAUCGUCUUCUUGUAGGCUUGGGCUUCUUUCAGCUUACUAUGGCUGGAGUAAUUGCGCUAAGAAAAGCCUUCACUCCGGCUAUACUUGUUGUCCCUUUGAUACCAUUCACGAUUUGGUACAGUUAUUACUUCAGACGAACAUUCCAACCACUCAUGAAAUUUAUCGCUCUUAGAAGUAUCAGAAGAGAUAGUAAUCCAGACAUCAACAUCGCUGGCGAAGACAUCGGCAUCAAUAGACCUCCAGGACAUAUUCAAAGAGGCACUACUGUCGACGAAGUCAGGGAAAGAGGCACAAGAUACAUCAAUCCAAGUCUCACUGUACCGCUAGAAAAGAUUUGGAUCAAUAAGGACCCAGAUUCCGAGCCAAACGAAAGCACCCUACAAUUAGAUCGUGAGGAAUCUGCCGCAAGCUCUAUAAGUCUAGGGGAUACUCACAUUUGGCGAGAAGCUAGUGAUACAAAUGUGUGA